AUGAACCCUGUCUCGGUUCACCCCUCCGAACAUCUCGAGAGGUUCCUGAUAUCUUCGGGCGAUCAAGGUGGUGGUGUUGAUGUUGUAACCGUCGCAGCUACAUGGCCCGACAGUUGGUCCCUACACCUCUUCACCAACUAUACGAGAUCUCAUCCCAGUCACUUAGCGGGUGGUUCAGAUACCGGGAUGAGGGAAGCGUAUGUCUUCCCCCGCCUUCCAAACUCGAACUCGAACGGCAAGCGUUGCAUUAUUUGGGGCCCUGUGCGUGACAACCACCCCAACUUACAUGGCCACUUAUGUGUACGAUCGCCUGAGAGCUCCAACUUGGGCGAUAAUUAUCGCCUAAGGAUAUGCCGCAGAGACAAUAACAGAUAG